CCUCGGUGUCUGAAUUAUAUGAAGUUCGUUCUCUUCUUAUUUGUUUUCAUUUUCAAACCUACUGACAAUUUCAAACCCAUGAACGCGAAUUCAAAACGUUCAAAUUUAAAAUUUCCUCUAGCGGCUAGAGUCUAGCCACGUUCCCAGUUUUAAUACGAGCUUUGUGCAAGUAAGAGUUGAACUUAAGAGAUAAAUAAAACAAAUCGGUAAAUAUGCAAAAGACCUCUACGAUUCGUAGAUCGUCUACAAAUCCCGUGAGGAUAUCCAUGCUUGACAGAGAAGAGAACUUGACGCGAGCAGAACCUAGAAGAACUCAAACUUUGAAGCCAAAGGCUUCUACUUCAUCAACCGACUCUUCUCAUAUCCCCAGACCUCGUAUUCGUGCGUUAUCUGCCGAUAGAGCAAGUAUCAAGGGGUCUGCUCUAAAAACUACAGGUAAAGCUUCUAUGUGUUAUGCCCCAUCAACUCCAAAGACACCUGUAACGAAUUAUGGCAAAACUCCUGUACAUAUUACAAGUGCCAGUUCCAAUAGGAAUUAUGCGAUACUUGGGCUUCCUACGGGCCGGAGAUCAUUGUCGGCAGAUCGUGCCAGCAACCUUGGUGCAAAGGGCCCUAGGAAGGAUACACGACCGUUAACCGAUAAAGCUUACCAAAAUCAUAUGCUCAGCAAGAUUGAUAAUUAUUUUGCUAUGAAUCAAUGUUCUUCUAUGCUGAACAGUAAUGGUAGUUUUAAACCUACUACCUUAAAGAUGCUUGUGGAGAUCUCAGGGUACUUACUAAAAAUGUUAGACAUUAAACAAAUUGUGACGAUCACAAAUUAUGUAGAGGAACUGCCGAAAAUUGCUAAAAAACUUCAUUACCCGGGGGUGAUGAAUAAGUCUUGGUUAAAGACUGCUAAUGCUAUGCAUUCUUGGCCUAAUGUAUUAGGCUGGGUCUGUUGGUUGGUAGAAGCUUGCGAAGUAAGGAGAAUUGCUUUCGAGAAAUAUAAUAUAGAAAAUCUGCCAUUUCUGGGUGAUGAGAAGCAAGCAAAGAUUUAUAAAUGCAUUCUGCUUUCAAUGCUGGAUUGCUAUCAUGUUUGGAACAACGAAAAACUCGACGAGGAGGCAUCGUUGAUUGAGAAACAUUUACAAGAAAUCGAAGAGCUGCAAGGUGUUAGCGAGGACGACUUAAACAGAGCGCGUUCCGAUUUAGAGGAAGAACUUAUUAAAUUAACAGCUACUGAAGAGAAUGCAAACGAGAUUGAUGAUGAAGUGAAACGCUUGCAGGAUGAACUUUCGUCUUUGCAGAAGGAUCUGGUGAAGCAGGAAAACGACAUCAGGGCAAAAGAAGAAUACUUAAAAGCAAUAAAUAUCGAGACGGAGCAAAAGCAUGCUGAAUGCAAUGCGUCAUGCAAACAAGUCCGUGUACAGAAAAAGCAGCAGAACGAAUUGCUUGCUAUCGUUAAACAGCAGCCAAUGAGCAAAGCAGAGAAAGAUACUAUCGUAAAGAAAUGUACAGAGAUUCAAAAUUAUAUGCUUCAAUACGAUGAAUACCUACAAGAGAUACAAAAAGAAGUCUACACUACGGACAUCAAAUUAGCUUCCACUAAUAAUAACUUAACAAAAGCCAUACUAUCGUAUAACAAGGAAAUAUUCGUGCACUUCAGUGAUAAUGUAGGUAAUGUAAAUUUAGAAGAGUUACAGAUGCCAGAGGAGGGUAUAUUGCGUCCUGAAAUCAUGGAAACACUAAAUGCCAAAGCGAAUGCAAUGAACGAUUUGAAAGAAUUGUUAAGCAGCCAGAUCAUGGAGAAGGAACGUAUGUUAGAACUGAAUUCGAACGAGUUGGAAUCUCUUCAAGAAAAGAUGAAAAUUUUGGAGGACAAAAACAUUGAUAUCGUUAACGAGAUGAAAGAAUUGAAAAGUUCAGUGAAUAAAAUUAAAACAGACGCUAAAAACGAAGAAGCGAAGUUGAAGGAGCAAAUAAACAAUCUGAAGAGAGAGAUUAAAGAAGUUCAAGAUGCUAUGCCGAAUACACAGAAGGUGAAGGCUGAAUUAAAGGAAACGGAAGAUAAACUGAAUGCUGUUCGUCGAAGAAAAGAAUAUUUAGAGGAAUCCGCGAGACUGUUUUUCGACCAGUUUUAUGAAAUCUUGGCGGAUCACAGAAACAAACUGCACGAUAUAUUAACGAAACGAAGAAAAUGAUCUAAUCAUGUACAUAAUUUUCUCAUUGUCGUUCAUAUAUUAGUAACUAUUUUCUUGUAGUUACACUUACAUACAUAUUACAUUACGUUAA